CUAUCUAGAUAAGGUGGGGCUCCCCAAACUUGAGCUAGCCCAGGAGCAAGCCCUGCUCCAGCCUAUCACCCUGCAAGAGGUGAAAGACAGUAUUAAACAAUUGCCGUCGAGCAAAUCCCCUGGGGUGGAUGGCCUCCCUAAAGAGUGCUACAAGCGUUUUGGAGACAUUCUGGCCCCCCAGCUUCUACAGGUCUUCCACAGGGCUAAUGAAUUGGGUUCACUGCCACCUGAACUGUUGUUGGCAACAGUCAUCACUAUCCCCAAACUAGAAAAAACUCCUGAUAUUUGUAAACAUUUCUGCCCUUUCUCUCUUUUAAAUAUGGACGCUAAACUCUAUGCCAUGAUCCUGGCCACGGCUGAUCCAUGA